AUGAAGGCCUCUUUCGGAGGAAGCUACGACGCCGGCCGUCGCCUCUGUCUGCCACCACCACCGCCCCUUCACCCACCACCGCUCCCUUUCCUUCCGCCCCCUCAACCACCACCACCCAUUCCUUCGACGAACUCCAAACCACCACCGACUCUUCCGACGAAAUCCAAACCACCACCGACUCUUCCGACGAACUCCAAACCAUCACCAUCUCUGACCUCACCAGUUGGGUUAAGGGUUAGGUCCAGGAGGUAUGCUAUGCUUGUUGAAGAUGGGGUCGUUAAGGUGUUGAAUCUUGAAGAAGGUGUUGAAUCUUUAAGAAGAUGGGGUUGUUGA